GCGGUUGUGUUGGACGGGGUAUUUCUCUGAACUGAGACGUGCUGUUAAUGCGAACUGGACCUGCAUUUACACACUACCGCUGAUAUGGAGCCCAGACAACAGGAGCUGUACUCUAGCGUACUGACUCCUGAAGCAAUAGUAGACUGGGAAGACAGAGAAACUUUCGAUUCAGGUUUGUUGGACAAAGAGCCUCUAAAGGAAGUGGACGAGGAUAUGGUGUCAGAGGUGGAUCUCAACAACACUGUCACAGAAGAGGAGCGAGAGGAAAUGGAGAAUGAGCUGAUUAAGUUAGAUGAAGAAAUCACUACUUUGAAACAAGUCCUGGCCUCCAAAGAAAAGCGUCACUUGGAGCUGAAACAGAAACUAGGGAUCACACCCCUGAGUGAACUGCGACAGAACUUCUCCAAGAGCUGGUAUGACAUGCAGACCACCACAGCAUACAAAAAGACGUCUGAGACCCUGACCACAGCAGGACAGCGGACCUCAGUGGCCUUCAGUAACCUGGGCAAUGCCAUCACCAGGAAGUUCGGCGAUAUGAGGUCAUAUUCUCUUGGCUAUUCUAUACGGCAUUCAAUGAGCAUGCCUACAAUGAGGAACUCGCCUAGCUUCAAGUCCUUUGAGGAGAAAGUCGAAAGCACAGUUUCAAACAUUAAGUCAAAGGUUGGAGGAACAGGAGGGGCGGGCAGUUUUGAAGAUGUCCUGUCUUCAGCGGCCCAAGCCAGCGCCCAGGACACCCCUACUAAUAAUGUGACCGAGAACAGUGAGCGCUAAGGGUUUCAAUGGUCAGCCAGUGGAACUCUGAUGACCCCUAGUGGUUUGGAGACCACAGUGAAAAUUGCAACGGGGGCCCAA